AUCCCUCUCCCUCGCUCUCUCUUCCUUGUUUUGAGCCUGCGCAGAAGAGAAAUCGAAGCGCUAAAGGUUGGGUGCGCCGAGAGAGUAAGCAGCAGGGGUGGUUGUCUCUCUUCCCGAAGGGUCCGCAAGAAGGACGGCGAGUCGGAUUUUCCAUUGAUUUGUUUUAAAUCAUCAGUCAAGAUCUUUCAUGGUGACCCGCAAAACACAGACUGUUCUGUCAGCUUACCUCAGCUGUACAAUUCAGUGAGAGGAAGACUGCAUUAUAAGCUUCCAUGAAGCUCAGUUGCUGCCUGUUGACUCUCUUUCUUAAUACUAGUGUCUUUGCACUAGAAAAUGUGGCCCCCAACCUGACAGUUGCAUCUGGGUCAAGGUCCCUGACUCUCAACACAUCACUGCUGCCCAUCUUACAAGUCUUGACAAGAUCAGCAGAACCUCAGGAUAUCAUAGUAAAGGAGGGUAACUGGGCUUUCCUUGAAUGUAAGCUGAACAUUAGCCAACAUGACACUGUCUUUUGGUAUAAUUCAAAAUGGCAUCUGCUGGAACCUGAUGGAGGAGGUGGAAGAUGGUUGACCUCUGACAGUGCCCUUAAUAUCACUAGUGUAACUUUUGGUGACAGGGGACGUUACACGUGUGUUGCCACUAAUGGAAAUGGCACGUCUUAUUACUCUCUCACCCUCAGAGUGGUCUCUACCUCUGGGGACAUGGGCAUUUACUACAUGAUUGUCUGCCUGGUUGCCUUUACUAUUAUUAUGAUCUUAAAUAUAACACGUUUGUGCAUGAUGAGCAGUCACCUCCGCAAGACAGAGAAGGCCAUCAAUGAGUUCUUCAGAACAGAAGGUGCUGAGAAAUUGCAGAAGGCUUUUGAAAUAGCCAAACGGAUUCCUAUCAUUACUUCUGCCAAAACACUAGAGCUGGCCAAAGUAACACAAUUUAAGACAAUGGAGUUUGCUCGGUAUAUUGAAGAGCUUGCUCGAAGUAUCCCUCUUCCACCACUGAUCCUUAACUGUAGGGCCUUCAUGGAAGAGAUCUUUGAAGCAGUGCACAUCGAUGACCCUGAUGAAGUGGGAGAGGGAGUAAAACAGACCCAGGCCCUUGAUGCCCAAGAGAGACUCUAUCCCUUAAACCCGGAAAUCAAGCGGAGCAAUUCACCAGCAGGGGAUUCGGAUGAUGGUUCUGUGAAUGACCAUGGCAAAGAAAUAGCUGUUGAGGUAUCUGUCCACCUUCAGUCAGAAGUCCAGAGCAUUGACACUGUUUCCCGUGACAGCAUCCCUUCCAUACCUUCUGAAGAUGAUGCAUCCACUGAAUUUAAAUAAAGCACCAGGAAUAAAGGCAGCGUCAGAUUUUGUUCCAGCUGAGGGACAUGGAAAAGCAAAAAUGCAACUGUAGUCACAAAUGCACAAAACUCUGUUUUUAACUCCUCAAGGGACUAUAAGGUGCCCAAACAGCAAACAUGGAUUUUUUUUCUUUGUAUAUAUCAGAGUUCACUAUCCAUUUUGAAAACUCUUAGAUGAAGCUCUUUUAGCAGGGAUUAGAUUAUACUAUUAGAAGUAUUUUACAGAAGUGAAACCCUCUUCCAGUUGGUGAUACUUAAAAACAAAAAGAGUACACUGACAUGAACUGUUUUUGUCACAUCUACAGGGAAGCCGUGAUGAAUUCAUGGUGUUUGCUGGCAUUUGCAAGGCCAAAGAAGAUUUCAGCGUAUCUGAACUUGUAAGAUGUAUGAUAAAUUAUAAUAAAGGCUAUAGGAAGAGUAUGGGAUUAAUAAUUUUAAAACUAUGUCAGUAAGAGAGAAAAUAACAAGAGCUGUCAGUUUUCCAUAGAAUGUAGACUAAUGCAAUCCUUGAACUACAAAAUGGAAAAUGGAGAAUUGCAGCCACAAGCUGGUUAUUUAAACAUGCUGCCAAGUAGUUCAACAGAGGGCCUUUUUUUCAUUUUUCAUGUAAACCUCAACCUACCAGCAUUAUAAGUAUUCUAUUUCCUCUAGAUUUACAGUGCUGAAAUGCCAGAGUGCUCUGUGGCCAUCAGCACUGUUGUGACAAAGACAAUGGCAGCUUAAAUGAGAGUUCUGAUCUCAAGGUGUCUAUAGCAAACUCAUACACCGAAAAGACAGAAAUAUAAUUUUCCCAGCUGCAUCUAAGGACUGGAACACAGCUUUGGUGUGGCUUCUGGCUUCUUAAGAUGCAUGUGUCAUUUAAACAGCAUAUGUCCAAAGUGACCCAAAGCAGCUUUAUUUUGGCCUGUCUGUAUGGGCCCAAAGACACUUUAUUUGCCACCAGGAGAAUACAAAGGAGAGAGCCAGUCUAGCCCCUCAAUAGGGAAUUCUACAUCUUUUUAACAUAAGUGAUUCUUCCAAAAUUAGAUUCUCCCACUUUGCAUGCUGAAAUGGUAUAGUCUGUUGUACCACUGCAUUCUGCUCGAUAUAGACUAAACGCUAUUCAGCAUGUUAUUGGCAUAUGACAGCAUGCAAGUCUGUCACGUAGUGGUAUAGUAACUGUCUCCAGUGGUGCUAAUUGGGCCAGUUUAUGUCAAGUAGAAUUGGUAAAUGGGCUGGCUCUGGUGCUGUGCAGACAGCCCCUAAGGGGUGGCCUCCAGCCGCCCCUUUUACAACCAGAUCAGGGCCACGGCAAUUGAAUGCUGUGGCCCCAAUCUGGCCUUUGCAGGUUGCUCCUUUUUGCGCUCUGCAAAGGGUGUGAUAGCCGCAGCACCGCGGCUUUACAGUGCUGCUUCAGUGCUGCAUCAUGAGGACGCAGCACCAGAGGAGUGCCAUUGCACUGAGUUGAGUGGUGCACAACGUCAUGCUGCCCUUGGCGCGGAAUCUGAGCAUGCAUCAUGUGGAUGCUACACAUCCCAACUCUACCCCCAAGACGGCCUUUAAGGUCGGUCUGCACAGGGCCUCGGUAAAAGAUUACAAAAUUCACUCUUGAUUUCAUUCUUAAGAAGGAUGUCGCUGUCUGUAUGUAGCCCACGACAGCCGUACUUUCAUAUGGGCAAAGGUUAGAGCAAUGUAAAACCAAUUUUAUGACAUGAAUGUAUCUACUUGAUGUUACUCCCAAGACUGCUAGUAAGUCAAAGUAGACUCCUGCUUUUACUGUUUGGUGCUGCUGUAUUGUACAUGUUCAAAGUGUAUCACUUUAUUUGCAUUUUAUGUUCAGUUUAGAUUUAAUAUAUAUAAGGUUUUUCUGUACUCUGCAAAUUACUUUUUUCAGAUUACUAAAACAAAGCCAUAACUUCAACAGCAUGUCAGCAAGAGCACCAUUUAAUUUCCCACAAUUCUUCCUAUGCCAUUUUAUUUAUGAAGUCUCAUAUGAGCUCCAGUCACUGAAGGAGAAUAAGCACAGUUUUCAAGCAAGUUAAUGUUAUAUUUAUAGUAGUAGAAGUGGAUGACAAAUAGCAACCAUAAUGAUACCUCGGAGAUUGGAGGCUUUGGCAGUGACACCCUGCCGUGUAACAGAUAAUUUGAGUAAGUAAUAUGCAGCUGAUAGUAGCUUGCAUGAAGAAAUUUAUGUACAGUGUAUCUCUAUUUUACAUAAAAUAGAGAUGGUAUUAAAAAUAGUGAUAACAUGGCGGAGAGAGCUACUUCCAUAAGACUAUGUGCUGCAUAUUUCUCAGAAACUAGGAUUGCUACCUUCUAACCCUGACAUAUUGCAUUCUGCUUUAACUACUACAGGCAGUAAAACACACAGAAACGGUAACUUAUGGCUAAUUCUCCAGUCAUCCAUCCUCCUAAUCGCUAUUACUGCUUGUUGUGAUUCCCACUUGGAGCAUAUGGCCUACUGCUGUACCAGUUCAAGAUAUGCAUGACCAAGGUCAUGCAUAAUGUCUUACUCGCACAGAUUUUUUUUCCAAACAGGUACAGUCUCCAUGUCAGGACAUAGCUUUUCUACUUUCUAUGCAGUUUUCUUCCUACAAUGCACCUCGUAUCUCUGCCAUUGAGAAAGAAACUAUGUUAGAAAAAUAGAAAAUGCAUACCUGUUGAGUAUCCCUUAUCCAGGAUUCCAAAAUUUGAAAUAUUCCAAAUUCAAAAAUUGUCCACAUGCAUGGCUGAGAUAGUGACACUUUUGCUUUCUGAUGGUCCAGUAUUCUCAAAUUUAGUUUCAUGCACAAAAUUAUUAAAAAUAUUAUGUAUAAACUUACUUUGAGAUUGUGCAUAUAAGGUGUGUACAAAACAAAAAGGAAUUUCAUGUUUAGACUUGAGGCCAUGUCCAAGAUACUGCAAAAAAAUCUUUAAAAAUCUAAAAAAAAAUCCAAAACAAUUCUGGCUCCAAGCAUUUUUUAUAAGGGAGACUCACUUGUGUUAACUAAUCUAGUAGCACUCAAUGAGGGAAAGUUAUUUUGGUGAUCCUAGCAGCUAAAUAUACUUACAUUUUUUUAAAAUCAUGGAUCAGCAGCGCAAGCAGGAUAAUUUCAGGGAUCUCAUUCCUGUAAUGGAUUCUGCAUCUGUUAGAUGAAGAAAACUGCAACAGAGUAGUAUGACUGCAUUGUGGGGGAUGCUACCAUGCUGAUUUUGCACAGUAAAUAUUUAUCAGUAGCUUCAUUGAGUUAAUUAUUUCAAUAUUUAAUCACACACUUUUCAGUCUUGUACUGAGAGAAAAUGACACCUAAUAUUUUCUGAGAAUAUAGAUUCCUCUAAUAUUAGAAACAGAGAGUUUGAAUGUUUUGAAUUAUAUGAAUUUAUGUCCUCAGUUAUAAUAUACAGUAGCAAAUUCUUCAGGGCAGUUAACUUUUUAAUGCUUGGCAUAGCAAUAGUGACAGCUCUGAUUGCUGAGUUGGUCUGUAGGCCAAAGCACAUUAGAUUAUCAUUAAGUGUCCUUAUGGACCUUGCAGGUUGUGUGUCUGCAAAAUGUGGUAUUAUGUGGUUAAUACUGAGACUUAACUAGGAAGCAUUGGUUUCUUUUAUGGUGCUACCAACCCAGCAGACUUAAGAUACCACUGAAUAACAUUUCCAUAGAAAAGCCACUGAAUGGCUAUCAGAUAAUCAGAUGACAUUGCAACCAGGCAUGACAUUUGAGCCGGACAAUUAAACACCUUCUGUUUUUGUUCUCGUGUAUGUAAAAUGUAUAUUCAGGUAUGUCUUUCUAAAAUACACUGGUAAUAUAUUGAAGAGACUUUCGGACAGGAAUUAAUCCAGGAAAUAAAUGCAGGCAUCUUCUGGAGUCUGGUAACAAUCCCCAAUUCCAGUGGACCAUGUGUGUUUGCUCCUAGGAUAAGUUCUGUUAUGUUUUUUAAUGUCAUCUAGAUUCUUUUGUAAAUAAUAUGCAUUUGUGGCAUGCAUUAGAUAUUAAAUGCUGUCUUGUGUACAGUCAUUGCAGCAAAAGCUGAUAUUGAAACACACAGUAUCUAUUCAAGGUGUAGGUUAAAAAUAAAUUAACAAAAGUGAAAGCAUGGUUAAAGUGUUGUGCAGCGUGAAUAGUUUUCUGCUAGUGUAAAAUCUUGUAAUACUAUUAAUUUGCUGUACUUCAAAAAGAUUGGUGAUGUUUGCAGUUAUCCAAUGCAGCUAAGUAAAAGAUGAUGUGAGAUUACUUAAAUCAACAUUGCUAUUUCUGUAACGGAUAAAAGGACAUAAUUCCAUCCAUUUCACCCACAAGAGAUGGGCACCUGUUUUCUUUUUAAAUUAACGUUGCCAGUCAAUCACAACUUUUUGAGCUAGUUUCUGUAGCCUCUGACUUCCCUAGAUAUCAGUAAAAAUCUGCUUUAACUGAACUACUGUUUAAAACGUCAAAUAACGCUGGUGUUUGUAAUGUUAGUUUUCUGUAAUAGUGUAGGCUUUCAUACUUUCAUACAAAAAUAAGGUGCUGUGCUUUUUUUCAGAAUAAAAUACAUUAUCAUAAGCCUUGACUGUG